UUUAUAAAACAAAAAUAAAAACCCUUUUGUUAGCACAACACAACAGUGUGGUUGCUGGAGAAGAAGAUCGAAUCGAAACGCCAAGUUUCUUUCUUUCGUUCGUUCUCGCUGAACAAAUAAUGGUACUGAGGAGGAAGAAGAUGGAGCAGCGCUUCACCUUCUUCUUCUGCUGUUGAUUUCAUGGCCACCUCCCAGUCCCAGCAUCGCUGCGUUUUCGUUGGGAAUAUACCGUAUGAUGCCACAGAAGAACAGCUUGUCGAAAUCUGCCAGGAGGUUGGUCCUGUAGUCUCAUUCAGAUUAGUUAUUGACAGAGAAACUGGGAAGCCAAAAGGUUAUGGAUUCUGUGAGUAUAAGGAUGAAGAGACAGCUUUAAGUGCUCGGCGAAAUCUUCAGGGUUAUGAAAUUAAUGGGCGGCAAUUACGUGUUGAUUUUGCCGAAAAUGAUAAAGGGACUGAUAGAAAUAGAGAACAGGGUCGUGGUGGGCCUGGAAUGACAACAAAUGUUGACCCUCAGAAACAAGUUGGUGGCCCAGCUGUCCAUGGGGAAGCAGUUCAGCAUCAGCCUAUUGGUCUUCAUAUUGCCAUAACAGCUGCAACUGUCAUGACAGCAGCUCUAGGUGGUGCUCAGUUUGGCAUCCAGUCAAAUCAAAAUAGUUUGCAGAAUCAGUCAGCAUUGGCACAUGAUCCUUUAACUCUGCAUCUGGCCAAAAUGUCCAGGAGUCAGUUGACUGAGAUUAUAUCUGAGCUCAAGGGAAUGGCUACACAAAACAAGGAACUGGCUCGCCAGCUGUUGCUUUCAAGGCCACAGUUGCCCAAGGCUCUUUUUCAGGCUCAGAUAAUGCUAGGAAUGGUGACUUCUCAAGUGUUACAAAUGCCAAACCUUAGGAUGGUUUCAGAUCAAGCCUCACAGUCUUUAAUGAGUGAAGGCCAGCUGGGUCAGCCAUCAUUGAUUCAAACUGUGUCCGGCCUUCCUCCUCAUGGGCAGAACAAGUUGCAGUCUGGUUUGACACCUUAUGCUCAAGAAGGCAAAAUCAGCACAAUACCUCAUAAUCCUUUGGUUCCUAAUCAAUUAACUGGACAUCCAAAGCUUACAGUGCAGCCUCGAAUUCCCCUUCAACAACAUCCAAGCAACCUUGUAAUUCCGGGAACAUUGUCAGGGCAGUCUAGUUUAAUGCUUCCUUCUGUGCGUCCUCCGGGUUUGGGCAGUUUGUCUGUUAGGCCUCCAAUUCAACCAGCAACUUCAACUGCUCUGAACCAGCAAAUGCAUGCCUCUUUGCUACAGCAUUCUGUACAUGUUGGAAACUCAACUGUAGGACAUAAUAUUCAAAUGGUCCGCCCAGAUGCCAGCUUUCAGCCUGGCCCCUCCAGUUCAUCAGCUAAUUCUCAGUUAUUGAGUAAAGGUGAUAAAUCUUCUAAAGUUCUUGACGAUUUAAAUUGGGCUAAGAGAACUAAUACAUAUUCAAACAUGCCGUUGGGAGUAGAGAAAACAAACAUGGUUCGUGAUUCUUCAGAAUCUAUUACUCGCCCGUCGAAGCUCAUGAAAUUGGAUGAGGGAAGGAGCACCUCUCUUUCAGCAGGAAUUUCAGACAUGCCUGUCACUGAUGGAUCAUCUCAUGUCCUUGGAAGAAGCUCAUUGCCUGUACAUGCAGCUCCUAAAGCAGAAGGACAAUAUUCUGAGCAACAAUCUUCUCAGCUCACACCUGAUGUGGAAUCUGUUCUGCUCCAACAAGUAUUGAAUCUGACACCAGAGCAAUUGAGUUCCUUGCCACCAGAGCAGCAACAGCAGGUCAUUCAGCUCCAGCAGGCUCUUCGGCGAGAUCAGAUGCAGCCCUCAUAAACAGGAGUUCAUGAACAGUUCAAAUAGCAUCAACCUAUUGUAUACUAGCAUUUGCUGUAGAUUAGGUUCAGAAUAUCAAAAUUCUUUGGACCACUAUUGUUUUUCUUUGUAAUUUGUUUUCUUAUUCCUUGGCCAAAUAUUUAAUGUAGCAUUGAGGAACUCCGGAUGGGCACGCGUAUAAAUCCUUUAGAAGAGAAAUAUUGUACAAUAAUAAUUUUGGCGAUAAAUUCUUUUGCCGUUGACAUCUUUAGCGUGGACUGAAUAUCUUUGCCUUGUCAUUUGAGCUAUUAUUAUUAAUAGCAUGCAAAUGCUUGAAUAUAUUGCCCUUGUACUUA